AUGUCAUCAGAAGGUGUGUGUCUCACCUGUGUCAGUGUGAUGAGUCUCACCUGUGUCAGUGUGAGGAGUGCUCCUCCCCACAGGUGUGUGUCUCACCUGUGUCAGUGUGAUGAGUCUCACCUGUGUCAGUGUGAGGAGUGCUCCUCCCCACAGGUGUGUGUCUCACCUGUGUGUGUGUCUCACCUGCGUCAGUGUGAAGAGUGCUCCUCCCCACAGGUGUGUGUCUCACCUGUGUCAGUGUGUGUCUCACCUGUGUCCAGUGUGACGAGUGCUCCUCCCCACAGGUGUGUGUCUCACCUGUGUCAGUGUGACGAGCGCUCCUCUCCACAGGUGUGUGUCUCACCUGUGUCCAGUGUGACGAGUGCUCCUCCCCACAGGUGUGUGUCUCACCUGUGUCAGUGUGACGAGUGCUCCUCCCCACAGGUGUGUGUCUCACCUGUGAGACUUUUCAGUCUCCAGGAGCAGGAAGUGCUGCUUGGUUGCGAGUACAAAGCCUGCACCUGUGUGUGA